CGCUUUUUAGCUUUGGGAGUCUGGCUAUACCUGGUCCUACGUGCGUCCCGCCCUUGCGGCAGUCCUCGGAGUUUCAUCUCAAGAGAUUUGUCCGGCAUGUUCAUAUGGAGGAAGCUGGUACCCCGCUACACACAAAACAAUGGAUGCAAAUCUGUGUAGAGAAUCCUGGGAAUUAUUGGUCCGCGUUCCUUCCCCUCCCAGCAUCUGCUGACGCGAUGCUUCUCUUGCAUAUGACCGCGUUCGAUGCAGGGCUCCAGAAACCAUCAAGCGAGAAGAGCUAAAAUAGUACGUUAGGCAGGGUAAUACAUGAACUUCCAUUAAUGUCG